UGAGGAUGAGGGUUCCGAGCAGGAGAUGAACAUCAGUCGAUCAGGGUCCGCCUCAGCUGAGCCUGACUCCAAAACACCGAAAAAGGAUUCGCCGCCGGCAAAACGUUCCAAGAAAAAGGGAGACUAUUCUGACGAAGAGGAGGAAGGUGAAGCGUGAGUCAUCUGCGGCUUCGCCUGCCUCACAAGACUCUGCACCAAUGGACGAAAGUGAUUCCGACGCACCUUCCCCCCCUGGCACCAGCGGCGCCAUGUUCGACGAGGACAACAAGUAUCCCGUAGAGGGGCUAUUCGCAAGCGAGCAAGAGAAGGAAGACAUUAUGGCAAUGCGCGAGGUUGAGCGUGAGUCCAUUCUUGCUGAACGUGUCCAAGAGAUAGAGCGCCAGCGCCAAAACCGCCUGUUACGCCAACUUGUCAGCUCGCGCGACGGCGCAGACAAGAAGGAGAAGAAGCGCAAAGCAAACGACGCCGAACUCGAAGAUGGGCAGCGCAAAACAUCACGCCAAAGAACAAAGGUUGGCGGAUCUAAGGUUGGCGAAAGAAGUGCUGGUAUCGAUGCUCUCCAACGCGCUCGAGCUGAAAAGAACGACCGUCAGCGACGCCUGGCCGAGGAUCGUGAACGCAACAAGGACAGAAAUGCCGCAACGUCUCGCGACAGCCCUGGUCGCGCUGGUGACGCCGACAGUGAAGUGGACUGGAGCGAAUCGAGAGCCCGGCACUCCAAAUCUCGCACCCCUGAAAUUCGAGAAAUACCAUUCGCAGAUUUGCGCGACGUAGAACGAAUACGCCUCAGCCGAAGUCGUUUUGCUCAGAUCUGCUUCUACCCUGGCUUUGAGUCGGCUAUCACUGGGUGUUACGUUCGUAUAUCCAUCGGUCCAGAUCCGCGAGCUAACGACGGAGUGAAUGUCUAUCGUAUUGGAGUGAUUAAGAGAUUCGCUACCGGCAAACCCUAUGCUAUGGAGAAGGCAAAUGGUCAGACCUUCGUGACCGAUCAGUAUGUUGUUGCUGCGCAUGGAAAGUCAGAGCGAGAGUGGCCCUUCAUUGCUUGCUCUGAUUCACCUUUCACAGAGGCUGAGUUCAACCGCUUGAAGGCAACACUCCAAGCCGACGGUCUAAAUCUCCCGAAGAGGCCUGCCCUGGUUGCCAAGAUUGAUGAUAUCAACAAUCUCAGAAACCGUUCCUGGACCGACGCUGAGCUGGACGAGAAGCUUCAGCGAGAGCGCACUUUGAAACAGAAGUAUGCGCCCACGGAACGCAAUCGUCUGCUCAGUUCAAUCGAGGAAGCGAAGCGCCGUGGCGACCAUACAAAGGCUUCGGAGCUUCAAGACCAACUGGACACCCUAGAGACCCCCAGACUCGCUUUUAAGACAAGCCUGACACCGGCUAAGAAAGUGGCAGGAACCGCACUCUCCCAGCAAGACCGCCUGGCGCAGCUGAACAUAGAGAAUCGCCGCCGCAACGCUGAGGCCGUCCGCAAGGCGCAGUUAAAGGAGAAGGCAAAGGCUCGCGAUUCUGAAGCUCAAGGCCGCAUUGCACGUGGCGAAGAUGUUGAUGCGGCUUCACAACGGGCACGCACGCAGCCCAAGUUGGUACAUAAUCCGAGUUCCACGCCUGAGGGUAAAUCCACACCCGCCAAUGAUAGUGGCGCGUCGACACCGGCUUAUGGCACACCAAAGCUGGGGGCAACGACUAGUAAGAUCAUACUCCCUCACAUCGCCAAGCUACAGGAAAAGAGUCACGCAACGGGCGUUGAUAAGAAGGGCAUUCCACAAAUCCAUCGCCCGCUUAUGGACGAUGAUAUUAUCGGAGCGUUGGAUCUGGAUAUCGACGUAGAGAUCGACUGAGGAAGAUCGACUAGAUGGACGACUGCCAGGGUCAUGCUGAGAGGUCUCAAGA